CACCGCGACCGCCGGGCAGAGCGCACGUCACGGUCGCUUUAAAUUUCGAACUCGAUACGAACGAAUCAUGUGGACGAGUUUUAAAUAAAAAAAAUAGUGUUUUUUUUUUAAAUAGAGUGUUGUGUUUUUGACAAUGGCGGUGUAUUUUGGUGUUCUGUUGUGCGUAGUUGGGGUGUUUGGGUUUAAUGUGGAUAUACCGUCCAGGGUGGUUUAUAAGGGUAGCGCUGAGUCUAUGUUUGGAUUCACAGUGCAGGCGCAUGUUGAUAAAGGCGAAAAAAUGAUCUUGGUGGGUGCGCCAGAAGCGGACUCGCAGUACCUGUCUGCGAACAGGAAACCUGGCGCGGUAUACCGCUGUGAGGCUGGCCAGAGAGGCUAUGAACGAGACACGCCGCUCGAUCAUUGCCAGGAAAUGUGGUUCGACAAGAAGAGAGGCAACACUCGGGAUAAGCAGCAGAAUCCGAUCGACGAGAAGUCGAACCAGUGGUUCGGAGCCACCCUCAGCAGCACAGGGAAAAAUGGGCCCAUUGUGGCUUGUGCCCCUCGCUACGUCUCGUUCGUGAACCACCGACUGCAACACCGUGACCCGGUAGGCGCCUGCUUCGUCGCUUCAUCCUCAGACGGCCAUGAUGUUAAAGAGUUCUCACCUUGUCGAACCCAUUUCAAAACCGUGGACGAGGCGAGCCAUGGGAACAGGAAGACUGGAGUGUGUCAAGCUGGAUUCUCUGCUGCUAUAUCCAAGGAUGUCAACGGAUUCGAGCGCUUAUUCAUGGGAGCACCUGGCAGCUGGUACUGGCAAGGGCGAACAAUAUCAAUAGACCCUACCGAGCCACAGAUCAGCUACUAUAUGAAAAUACCGGAGGAAGGUCAAAUAAUCUCCCAGAGCGUUGCAUCGAACCCAAUCCUGAUUGCCACCCCCGAAGCCAACCCUAAGUAUGACGACUCGUACAUGGGCUAUUCGGUGGCUGUGGGAGACUUCGCUGGCACUAAACAGCAAGGAGUCGCUGUUGGAAUGCCGAGGGGAGCUGGUCUGAAGGGUUUAGUGGUCCUCUAUACCUGGGAUCUGCAGAACAUCCAGAACAUCAGCGGCUCUCAGAUCGGCGCCUACUUUGGCUACAGCCUGGCCGCUGGCGACAUCGAUGGCGACGGCCAAGAUGACGUCAUCGUCGGCUCGCCCAUGUUCAGCAAACCUAAGAGCGACGGCUUUGAGCAUGGGAGGAUCUACGUCAUUUACCAGGGAAAAGAUAGGUCAUUCUCGAAGAGCCAUUGGAUCACUGGAGAGGUGUCCAGGGGUAGAUUCGGUUUGUCCGUCGCAUCGCUUGGAGACAUCAAUUAUGACGGUUUUGGAGAUAUCGCAGUAGGAGCUCCAUACGGCGGCGAGCACGGUCGCGGCGUUGUCUACAUUUUCCAAGGCAGCGAGAUCGGUAUCAGAGACAAGUACUCCCAAGCUAUCAAGGCAGAAGACAUAUCUCCUUCUUUGACUACCUUCGGUUUCUCUUUGUCUGGGGGUGUUGAUUUGGACGAUAACAGCUACAAUGACUUGGCUGUUGGCGCUUAUAAAUCGGACAGUGUUGUGUUUUUGAAGUCUCGACCAGUAGUAAAAGUGAUGGCUGAGGUGAAGUUCCAAGAGGACACCAAGUUGAUAUCAUUGACUGACAAACGUUGUACCACAAGGGACGGGACUAAAGCCGUCUGCUCCAAGCUCAUAUACUGCUUGCAGUAUGGCGGUAUCAAUGUAGACCGACAAAUUGAAUUUAACGUAAGCUUGGACCUUGACUCGAGGAAGACGACAACCAAGAGGAUCUUGACCGAGCAACGGGAGUCCACCUACACGACUACCAUUGUGCUCGUGCAGGGCGAGCAGAAGUGCGACAGCCUCACCGUCUAUUUGGAUGAGGAGAUCCGCGACAAGCUAACCCCGAUCGAAGUAAAAAUGACUUACAACCUGAUGAGCCAGCCGCACGGUGACAUCGUACCGCCAGUUCUGGACCAGACGCAGAGCAUUCAGGCAGCAGACUCCCUGAAUAUACAGAAGAACUGUGGUCCGGAUAACGUGUGCAUACCAGAUUUGCAUAUGCAGGUUUCCUCGCCGAUAAGAGAAUACACCCUCGGCUCCGGAGAGAACAUCAAUCUCGAUGUGACAGUCGCGAACAGUGGAGAAGAUGCUUUCGAAGCAGCAUAUUACCUGAAGAUCCCUGCAGGAGUUACCUUCGCUAAAAUGGAGAGGCUCGAUAAAGACAGUGAAGCCAGUCAAGCCAACAUUUACUGCUCGGUUAUUGGUGGGAAGGAUGUUAGUCUGAAUACAACUUUGAAGUGUGAUCUGGGAAAUCCUAUGUCUAGAGAUGAAAAGGUCCAUUUCCGCGUAGUCCUCGAAGUAGACACCACGGUUUCCAGCAUGAUGUUCGAUAUGGAGACCAACUCCACGAAUCCUGAACAGAACACCAAUUACGACAACGUGCAGCAUCUCUCCAUUGGUGUGUUGGUUAAAGCUAUGCUGUCGGUCAUUGGUACUUCCGACCCUCCUGAGCUCCACUACAACGCUUCCCUCUACGAGCUGGAGAACUUCACCGAUGAGGCCAAGCUUGGUCCUCAGGUCAUUCACAAGUACCAAAUCAAGAACGAAGGGCCCUUCACCGCUGACGAGACGGAAUUUUACAUCAUGUGGCCGUACCAGACUCUGACUGAGGAGAACCUGAUGUACAUGCUAGUCCAGCCUCAGCCGCUGGGCAAUGUGCGCUGCGACGUGGCCCGCAACGUCAACCCGGCCAACCUCAUCGUAUCUUCGCCUUAUGUGUCUUGGCUCAACAAGGAGAAGGAAGCUAUGGAAAGCAGUGAAUUCGCAUCCAUAUACAGAGAAUAUAUAGCUCAGAAUUCCCGCGACUGGUAUGAACAAAGAUAUUAUUCCGGCAGUCAAGCUGGUCAGUUCAUCGGAGAAGCAGGUGGUAGACAGUACGGCCAAUCAGGUGGAAGCUACAGCCAAUCCGGAGGCAGCUACAGCCAGUCAGGCGGCAGCUUCAGCCAAUCAGGCGGUGCCUAUAAGCAAAAUGGCGGCUCUAGCUUCUCUGGUUCUUACGACAGAAACUCCAUCCUAGCUCAAGAGGAAGCGAGAAAGAGAAUGGAAGCAGAAGCGGUAGCUAGGCAACAGUUCAACAGCCUCUUCGGUGGAAAAUUCGAUUACAAUCGCAAUCGUGAUGAAAUACCAAAAGAUUAUACCGUGACGAAAUAUUUGAAUAGGACGGUUGUGUACGAUGACCAGAACAGAAUAGUGUGGCAAACGGAAACUAGCACGGAAUAUGGAGGGCUGAUUGGUCAAGAAGCAGGCGGGUCUUACCAUGCAUCUGGCAACCAAGGAUACUUCGGCCAGCAAGGUUCCCGAGGCGUCAUAACGCACAGUGGUUCCCAAGGUUCCUUCCAAGGCGGUACACCGUUCGUGCACCGCGACUUCGCUACAACGGAGACGGUGAACCGUGACGUCAUCAACCGUGACUCGGCGACGUACAGGGCUGGGUUGACGAGCGUUGGUGACAGUGAGGAUGAUGGCGGAGGCUUCGGAGCUCUUGCAGCACAAGGAAAUAACGGUGACUUCAGAAGCGGUGUAACAGGAGUAGGCUACGACAACCGACAGUCAGCCAGCCAGGGAAGCCAAGCUUUCGGUGGAAGACAAUCGGGCCAAAGCUACCAGGGCGGAUAUUCGGGAUCCCAGGGCCAGGGUUACCAGGGCGGACAGUUCUCACAGUCGGGCUCACAGAGCUCGAGGACUGGUGGAGCAUAUUCUUAUUCGAGUCAUUCUGAAUCAGGUUAUAGUGCACAAUCCGGAGGCAGCUAUGCAUCAGGACAAAGACACGAAAGUGCCAGAAGAAAACGAGAGGAUCAGUUCCAGGUGGACAGUCAACUGAGCGCCCUUCUGAAGAGCUGCAACGAGAAAUACAAAUGUGCAGUGGUCCACUGCGCUACCGGACGGUUGCUCAAGGGACAAGAAGUAUGGGUUGCCCUGCGGACAAGACUCAACGCGAGUGUGCUCAAUGAGAUCUCAAAAGACCGUCCAGUGAAGCUUUCUUCCCUCGUGGCGGCGCACGUCACUCAGCUCCCAAUAGUGGGCUCACCGAAGCACACGCACUGGCACCAGGCUGAAGCCCAGACGCUGGUCACCCCACAGCUGGGCGCUGCUGAGAGCGGUUCCAUACCGUUAUGGGUGAUAAUUUUAGCUGCCGUUGUGGGUGCCUUAUUGUUGUUGCUGUUGAUCUUCGCUUUGUAUAAGUGCGGCUUCUUCAAGCGCAACCGUCCUUCAGACCACAACGAGCGCCAGCCCCUGAACGGGCGCGACGAGCACCUCUGAUACCCGCCCGCGGAGCCAGCCGCCUCCGCCGCCACCGCCACUACCGCCACCUCCGAGACUUCUGUAACCUCUUCCAGCAGCUCCACAGACGCUGCUAGCGAUGUCACCAGCAGGGACUCUACUAGUUUUGAUAGGUAUUGAAAGUGAUUUAAAAGCGCAUUUAGAGUGCUCUGAAGCGUUCGCGAACUGUCCCGUACCAUUACAUUUUACUUCGUGUACUUAUUAGGUUUUUCGGUGUUUAAAGCCGAUGAUUAUUUUGCUUAGCCUAUUUUUGAUAAUUUCUGUGACAAAAAGAAACUCCAAUGCCUGAAAAUCUUCAGAAAAAGGGACUAUAGAAGACUAUUUCUUUAUGAACGCGAAUUUUAUGUAAAUUUUAGGUAUUGGAGUUUCUUUUUCUAUGACAAAGAGAGAGACUUGAAAAUUUCAUCAUCGAUUAAACGGAGAAAUAAUGAUAAUAUUUAGGCAACAAAAUGGGUUUAUACGGGACAGUCCUGUUGUAAAAAAAAGUGAAGUGCGUAUUUGGACAUUGUCAGUAGUGUUUCGCUUUUUAGCAAAAAUCAAAAUAUUUUUGAUAUGUAGUUUUAGCUUCGGGGUAAAAUAUUUGUAAAACACUGCCGUAGUUGUAGCUUCACAAUUGUACUUUCAAGCCAUGUCUUAAUUAGGGUAGGGAUGUAAAUGGUGUAUUAUAGAUGUCUUUAAGAGUAACAAUAAAAGUUCAAGGAACUUUUUGUGUUUGAAACGAAGGUUUGAUGGUGGCGAUGGACGGAAAGCAAUUGGAAAUGUGAAUUAUUGAUACGACUGAGCUAUGGUUGAAAGACACAUUUUGGUUUUUGAUUUUUGUAUUGUCCAAACUCUUUUGAAUAGGGUUUGUAAAUAUUGUAGGUAUUUGUACGUUGUAAUAUAAUUUUAUACAGAUAAAUAAAUACUAGUUUUUUCUACUUUGAUCUAUCUUUUAUUCAGGACGCUUUUAGACUCCAAAUAUCGGUCGAACGGGUCUUCUGGAAUUUUAAUAUCUUUUUAUAUAUUUAUAAUGUUUCCAUAGCUCAGUUGUCAAAAUGGUUGUCUGAAAGUUGUACAUUUACUAGCAUAACAUACAGUCAUUUAAAAUAACAAGAUGUGUCAUAAAAAGUGCCUCGAGAUUGUUAAGGGAGUUCCAAUCUUGAUCAUUUUUAAGUAAAAAUGUUCUAAGAUUUGGUUUUCUGGUUACUGUAAUUUAUAUUAUACUACUAGUCAUACUAAAUACAUAAUAUGUCGGUGCCCUGUGUUAGUAUGUAGAGGAACAAAAAUUUAAUAGAAGAUGAUAUUAUCGAGGUAUGAUAAUGUAUGUGUUGGUGAUACCUUUUUCCACAGAGAUUGUGCGAUAGGUAUUGAAUUUAAAUAAACAUAAAGAUUACUUCAUCUAUUUGUUGCUAUCGGAAAAAUACGAAUCAACGCUGCAAUGUAAACAUAGUUCAAAAUAGCGAUUACUCAUUAUUAUAUUUACGUACCAAUAUAUUUUUUUAUCGGUAAUGUCAUAUAUUUAUCUAGGUACAUAACAUGGAAAUGAUUAACAAGAAAUAAAAGAAAUGAGCCAUUAAUUUAUGCGGGAAAAGGUAUUACCUGUAAAAGAGAAAAUGUGAUCUAAGAUUUAAUGUAGAAAUGUAACUAAAUUUAACAUUAUUCGAAUAUCUUUGGCUAACUGAACCACAAAGGAUUGUAAAUGCUAAAAUGGGAUUCAUAUACAUAAUCAAAGAAGGCAUAUCUCCUACUAAUUAAGGAUUGUAGAUGACGUGAGUAAUAUUUUCAAUAUUUUGCCAUUUUUGGCAUAUUAGCAGCGUUGCUAGUUAAGCGUAAGAUUUUAAGUGUUAGACAAAAUAUUACGACAAGAAAUACUAUUUUGUGAUUUAAUCGAAAGUGGAAAUAAAACAUAUCUAAAAUGAAGCAAUAUAUUAUGAAUUAUUUUAAUAGACCUAUAAGAAUCUCAUGAAACUCAAGAUCCGUGCCUUAUGUAUACAUCGGAAGAGCUUUCGCUUAAUAAAUAAACCUAAUUAUAUAUACCCAUUUGGGCAUUUAAAAUAAUAGCUAACUUUAAAAAAAGUACGUGCCUUCUGGGUCUGCCAGUUACUAACUAAUUAUAAAAUAAUGUACAUAUUCUAGAGUAUAUUUGUUUCUUCUUGAAAUAUUCUUUAAUCAAAAAUAGGCGCGGUUGAAAAGUAGUCAUUGAAAACACCAACUUAAUAAAAAUUAACUUGCAAAAUUAAACCAAACACAAUAUUUCUAUAUUUUAUCAAUGUUUUCAAUUUUACUUUUAUUUUAAAUUUAUUGGCAUAUUUUAGGAAGAAACAAAAAUAAUAGUAAUGACACGAUAAUUGUGAAAAUGUUAAUUUAAUAUUUUAAUUAUUUAUUUUGACUCGUUUAUUAAUAAGUCAGCUUGUACUUAUGGUUAAUGGAAACUAAAAUAUUUGAAGCGCUGUUUGAAUGUGACGGAUGAGUAAUGUUCGGUAAUAUUUUGCAUUUACCAAAAAAAAUCUUUUAAUAAAAUUUUUGUUUUUCA